AUGGCCUCGGCUGCUCGUUCUGCUUCUCGGGCCUUCCUGCGCUCAUCCUUCCGCCCUGCUGUUCGCAGCACUCGCUUUGCCAUCCCCGCUCAGAGCCUCCGUACUUCUGUCCGUGGAUAUUCCUCCGAGGCUGGUGAGCCCAAGAAAUCCUCUUCUGGCGUCUGGGGUGUUGGUCUCGCCGUCUUUGUCGGUGCCGGUGCAUAUUUCUACUUGAACGGCGACUCUGCAAAGGGUCCCUUUGUUCCCACCCAGGCCGACUACCAGAAGGUGUAUGACGUGAUUGCCGAUCGUCUAGCCAACGAGACCGACUAUGAUGAUGGCAGUUACGGACCUAUUCUCGUCCGUCUCGCCUGGCACGCCAGUGGUACCUAUGACAAGGAGACUCGCACCGGAGGUAGCAAUGGUGCCACCAUGCGCUUUGAGCCAGAGUCCGGCCACGGCGCCAACGCAGGUCUCAAGCACGCCCGCGACUUCUUAGAGCCCAUCCAUGCCAAGUUCCCCUGGAUCUCCUACUCCGAUCUAUGGACUCUGGCCGGCUCAGCCGCCAUCCAAGAGCUAGGCGGACCCAAGAUCCCUUGGCGCCCUGGCCGUCAGGACAAGGACCUAUCCGCCUGCACUCCCGAUGGCCGUCUACCCGACGGCUCCAAGGGCCAGCGCCACAUCCGCGACAUCUUCGGCCGCAUGGGCUUCGAUGACCGCGAGAUUGUUGCUCUGAGCGGUGGCCACGCCCUUGGUCGUGCUCACGCCGACCGCUCUGGCUUCGACGGCCCCUGGGACUUCAGCCCUACCGUCUUCAGCAAUGAUUUCUUCCGUCUGCUUGUUGAGGAGAAGUGGACCCAGCGCAAGUGGGACGGCCCUAUUCAAUUCACUGACAAGACCACUUCCACUCUGAUGAUGCUGCCUACUGAUAUUGCCCUGAUCAAGGACGAGGGCUUCAAGCCCCAUGUCGAGCGCUAUGCUAAGGACAGUGAUGCUUUCUUCAAGGAGUUCACUGAUGUUUUUGUCAAGCUCCUUGAGAACGGUGUUCCCUUCCAGAGCAAGCCUGAGGAUCGCUUUAUUUUCAAGACCUCUGAUGAGUAG